UUCUCAGCUACAACAACAACUUGUCAAACAAGAAAAUUAUCAAAAAUAUAAAUUGUUUUUCUUUUGUGCAUUUUUAUUUUCAAUCAGCCAAAAAAAAAACAAAUAUUUUUUGUAUUCAAAAUUUGCAUACACCGAUAUGAAGUGAUAAUAGUUUAUUAUAUUUCCAAUUGGUCAAUAAUUAUAAUUAAAUAAGCGAACACAUAAAGUGAUAGAAUAUGAGUACAAACGCAACUGCAAGCAGCUCUUAUAAUCUAAAAAUUGUUUUACUUGGCGAGGGAUGCGUAGGUAAAACUUCUAUUGUCCUUAGAUAUGUCGAAGAUAAAUUCAAUAAUAAACACAUCAGUACACUGCAGGCUUCGUUCUUAACAAAGAAAAUAACCCUUGGCGAUAAACGAAUCCAACUCAAUAUUUGGGAUACAGCUGGUCAAGAAAGAUUCCAUGCAUUGGGCCCAAUAUAUUACCGCGCUUCGAAUGGAGCCAUAUUGGUGUACGAUAUUACGGAUCAAGACUCAUUCCAAAAGGUGAAAAACUGGGUAAAAGAACUUAAAAAAAUGCUAGGUUCAGAUAUUGUUAUUACUAUUGUUGGAAAUAAAACCGACCUUGAAAAGGAUAGGACUGUGAAAAUCGAAGAAGCUCAAAGCUAUGCCCAAGCUGUUGGUGCUACAUUCUUUGAAACAUCAGCCAAAUUAAAUGAAGGAAUUGAAGAGCUUUUUCAAGAGCUUACAUCAUUGAUGAUUCAACACACUGAUGUAAAAGAAGCUAAAGCUUCGACAUUAAAAAGAAAUAACUCAGUUAGGAGUUCUAAUAGACUUAUUGUAGACGAUUCUGAUGAUAAUAGUGCCGAAACAAAUCCAACAUCGGGUUCACGAUGCUGUAGUACUGGCUAAGAUAAAAUGUGAUAUUCAGCAUUUUUUAUUUAAAAAAAAAAAAAAAAUAAAACAAAAAAACUGUUAUAUAUUGUUAAUAUGUAUUUUCUUUCUUUCCUUCAUUCAUUAUUCUGUUCUAUUCCGUUAUUUUAAAUUUAAAUAAAAUAUUUGAAAGUGAAAA